AUGAUAUCAGGUGCCGAGUCCGGUGCUGAGGGAUCCAAGGCAUCCGGCCAAUCUCCAGCUGGCGGUUCAAGCUCGGCCUUGCGCCCAUCUUCUCCUACUCCUCCAGGAGGUCCACGAACAGCUCUCCGUCGCCGCGCCGCAGCAGACCACAAGGAAUCCGUACGAAAUGCGCGCCCAGCAUCUACUCGAUCCGCCGGAGCGGGUGGUUCUUCAGGCACCAUGCUGAAAUUGUACACUGAUGAGAGCCCCGGACUGAAAGUCGACCCUGUUGUUGUAUUGGUUUUGUCUCUGGGUUUCAUUUUCUCCGUUGUUGGAUUACAUGUCAUUGCAAAGAUCACCCGCAAAUUCUCCUCGUAA